GGCCCCGUAUACCUCUGCGGCGCCCGAGAGGUUAUGGAGGCUGACAUUGGGCCGCAUUCGCUCGACCAGAAACUCUGGGAACCGGUUGAGCUAGGUGGACUACCGACCAAGGCGGCUGCCAAUAUUGCUGGGGCCCUCGCUGGGGCCGAGAGACCUCUGCUUAUAACAGGAUAUUCUGGGCGCAACCCCAAAAUCCCCGGGGCGCUUGUCGAGCUAGCAGAUACUAUCAAGGGGCUCCGUGUGCUGGAUAUGGGCGGGAGCGACAUGAGCUUCCCUGGGAAUCACCCAGCCUGGCUCGGUCUUCGAUAUGGCUCACACGAAGAGAUAACCAAGGCAGACGUGAUUUUAGUGCUGAACUGUGAUGUGCCGUGGAUCCCAAUACUGUGUAAGCCAAGAAUCGAUGCAAAGAUCUUCCAUAUUGACGUUGAUCCGCUGAAGGAGUUAAUGCCCCAUUUCUAUAUCCAGGCUAAGACUCGCUACAAGGCCGACGCCCUCACUUCAGUCGAGCAAAUCACCGCCAAUCCCAAAGCCUCCAAGUCUUUGGCGGCCAUGGAUCAGUCUUCUGUCGAGGCUAAGCGGCGAGAGGCCUUUGAGGCCAAGAUUGCAGGCAUCGAAAAAGUAUCUGAGCCUCAGAGCGAUGACCGCUUCGGCACAGGCUUCCUGAGCAAGGUACUACGUAGAAUUUGUCCUGGGGAUACAAUUUGGGCACAUGAGGCCGUGACCAAUACCGGGUUUGUCCACGACAACAUCCGGCCCACCAAGCCGCUGUCUUUCAUCAACUGCGGGGGGGGGGCGGCCUUGGCUGGUUCGGUGGCGCUGCACUGGGCAUCAAGCUGGCAAGUGAUGCUGAAGCUGGUGGCGAGGGCAAGGGCAAGAGACGGGACGCAUCUCUUCUCGGUACCGGGCAGCGUGUACUGGAUCUCACAGCGGUACAAGAUUCCCGUGUUGACCAUUGUCCUCAACAACAAAGUUAUGAUGGAACGCGCCUCGCAAAUCAAGGCUGCUGGUCCACCCCAACGGCCUUGCCGCAAGGGCGACCAACGAGGAGAUCAACAUUUCGUUCGAGCCUGUUCCAGACUAUGCAGGCAUCGCCAAGGCCGCCGGAGGGGGGCAAUCCAUGCAAUGAGGGUGGAGAAAGCUGCGGAGCUCGAGGUGGUACUCAAGGAGGCAGUGGCCACGGUGCAGGCGGGCACGACGACGGUGGUGGAUUGCAAGGUUUCCUCCGAUUGCUGA